AUGCAUCGAUUACAGCUCACAUCUGCCGAAUACUAUGAGUACUCCAAAAGCGUCAAAAGGUACUACAAGAACUAUCCAGAGAUGACGUCAUCUGCCUCCACGACUACAAAUAUCUACAGCACAAGCCCCCCACCUAACCCCCCUAUGGCAUAUGCCAGUCCUGCCCCAAGUCAAAACGCACCAAAUCCAGUGGUAGUUAAAGGGGCAUACGCUACUCAAAAUCCGUAUGGGAGCCAGCCAGUCGUGUACCCGCCAAAGAGUGAAUUUGCCCCGCCAAGCCAUAGUUACCCUGCCCCGCCAAACGCUGGUUACUUGCCCCCGCCAAACGCUUACGUGGCCCCGCCAAACGCUUACGUGGCCCCGCCAAGCAAUGCAUUUGCCCCGCCAGUCACGCCGCCAAACGCUCUGGCAUUCCCACCGCCAGUGCCAGUGCCGCCACCUAUACCACCUCGCACUCCUGCUUCUCAGUCGAACUCUAGGUAUAAUAGGAAUAUGAAAAUUCCUCCUCCUUUUGUCUAA